AUGGCACCUCAAGCAGAUUUUGCUAUUGCUAAGAUUGGAUAUGAAAUUGAAAAAUUCUUUGGAAGACAGAAAAGUUUUAGCAAUAAUAGCAACCCUCCAGCUACUCAAAAUCUUUGUCAAUACAAAUUUUAUCCAACCUAUGGUGCUACUACUGUUACCAAAGUGGUGCACACAAAUGUUGAAGAUCUUACUUGCAAUGAAGCUGCUUCAAGAUUCAUAGCAGAAAAGAGAAAAGAUCAGGUUCAAGUUAAAGUUAUUAAUUAUGUUGAUGCUGGUCCAAGAAAAAGGCCAGUUUUUGGUCCUGAUAUCUACAGAGGUAUAAAUGUAGCCAAAGAUACUCUUGCUCCUGGUGAGAAAAUUAUUAAUGUCAUGAGUUUUGGAGCAAAACCUGAUGGAAAAUCUGACUGCACUCAGGCUUUCAUGGAUGGAUGGCAAGCAGCCUGCAAGUCCAAAGUGCAAGCCAGGCUUCUAAUCCCUUCAGGAAGAUUCCUUGUUUCUUCAAUGUUCUUUUCAGGCCCAUGUUUGACUCCAGGGCCCAUAACAAUCCAAGUUGUAGGCACAGUUGUGGCCACAACAGAUAUCAGUGACUAUGUGGAUGGUGAAUGGCUCAUGUUUCAGAAAAUAUCUGGAUUAAAACUUAUUGGUGGAGGUACUUUUGAUGGGCAGGGUCAAUCUUCAUGGAAAUAUGCUGAAAACUGUGAAACUAAUCCAACCAAUCAAUGUGUUAGAGCCCCUAGUAGUAUUUAUUUUAACCAAGUUACUGAUGGAAUUAUACAAAACAUCAAAUCUAAAGACCCAAAAGGCUUUCAUGUAUUUGUCACUAACUCUGCAAACAUUAGACUUCGACUAAUUAAGCUCAAUGCACCAGCUACUAGUCCAAAUACUGAUGGCCUUCAUAUAAGUCACUCAAUCAAUGUUAAAAUAUCAAGAAGUAGUGUUGAAACUGGUGAUGAUUGUGUCUCCAUGAUACAAGGAGUUAGUAAUGUUACCAUCAAGAGAAUCAGGUGUGGUCCAGGACAUGGUAUCAGUAUUGGAAGUCUUGGAAAGUAUCCGGAUGAGAUAGAGGUGAGUGGCAUUAGAGUGCAGACCUGCAAAUUAGUUGGCACAACCAAUGGCCUCAGAAUCAAAUCAUGGCCAGAUAAGUAUCCUGGUGCAGCAACAGAUAUCAACUACAGUGACAUUACAAUGGAAAAUGUUAAGAAUCCUAUCAUCAUUGACCAAGAGUAUGAAUGCUCUCCAAAUUGCAAAAAGAAGCCUUCACUUGUGAAGAUAAAAAAUAUAAGUUUCAGAAAUAUAAGAGGAACCACAACUUCUCCAAUUGCAGUGGACUUAAAGUGUAGCAAACUAUUCCCUUGCAAAAAUGUUGGACUUCACAACAUAAACCUCAGUCUUGGAGCCAAGAAGCCUACUGCCUCUAAAUGUGCCAACAUCAAACCUAUCUAUAGUGGCUCGCAAAAACCACCACCUUGUCGAUAG